AUGUCUCACGUCGAGCUGAAACCCCUCGUCUUCAUCGCAUCCGGGUUCUACAUCCGGACUCGCGGGAUGAGCGCAUCCCCUUCCGAUUUUUGGGUUCCCUGCGUAAUUGCCAUUAUUGAGCACCGCGCUCGAAAGUACUCUCUCUACAUCGUCGAUGGCUUCGUUAGAGGCCGGUCGUUCGUCUCGCCAUUCAAGGUCUCUUGGAAGAGCGUCACCGUUCAAGAUUCUGCAGUUCUGGCAUGGUGGGACGGGACGUACCUGCACCAGUUCGUCCUUGGCGGUUCGAACGACCCUACGGUAACCUUCGUGGGCCUGGCACAAGCUUUCAUGACAGGCAUGCACUUCGCUCAUCAAGCCCGGAAAGCUCUCGAAGAGCGACUGAUGGCCUGCUUCCAAGCUGUGCCAUCCAGCCUUCCCUCUCAAAGUGGCCAAUUCUUUCUGACUCUUGCCAGGCUCAUCGCCGAGCUCAAUCAACAAAUGGACGUCGACGACGACUAG